AUGCAAACAAAAGAAAUUCACCAAUAAUUAAUACCUCCCCAAACUACUCCAUAAUAAAUGAAGACCAUCAUUUUCAUUGAAAACUUAGAUUAGGGUAUUUCAGAAGAUUAUCUGUAUCGUAAGUUUAAGGAAGUAGGAGAAAUCCAAAGCUUAAAGAUUACCAAAGACAAGAUCACUCAGAAAUCAAAAGGAUAAGCAUUCAUUACAUUUGCUCAUCCAGAUUCUGCUGAGGAAGCAAGAAAGAAAUUCAAUAGUCAAGUCUUCAUCAGAAAUACCAUCAGAGUCAAACCAUACUUCAAUUAUCACAUUGCUGAUAAAAAAGCUAACAUCUUCAUCAAUAAUCUCUCAGAAGAUGCUGAUAUUUUGGAAUUGGAGUAAGAAUUUUCAAGGUUUGGUACUGUGUUAUCGGUUGAUAUUCACAGAGACAGUCAAGGAAAGCAAUUAAAUUAUGGUUAUGUUCAAUUUGAGAAGAAGGAAGAUGCUGAUAAUCUGAUAAAGAGAAUUAUGAAUCACCCAAUCACUCACAAGGGGAAGUUGUUGAAAUUGGAACAGUUCAAAGCCCAAUCAGAGAGAAAGAUCGAAUCCAGUUCCAUUUAUUUGAGAGCCUUUGCUAAGCCACUUCAAUAGAAGUACUUCGAAAAGGAAAAGGUCGUCAGAGCAAUCGAAUAUGGGUGGUCCUUAAUCAUCAAAGAGUAUUUCACUAAGCAUGGCCAAUAAGUUAAAGACUGCUUUGUCAAGAUUGACUUCCAUACCAGACAACCUUGGACUAUGAUCUCAUUCGAAUCAUCAGAACAAGCCAGAGACAAUUUGGAAAUUUGCGAAUAAUAAAGAACACAUCCAUGUAUCAAUUCAGGUGCUCAUCAUGCUUUGGAAUUAAUUAAUAAGCAUGGCCCACCUGUCAAUAGCGAUGCAAGUCAAGCCUUCACUGUUGCUGAAAUUACUUAGGCAUUCAAAGAGAUGGCUCAGGAUCAUAAUGACACUUUCAAAGGAGAAAGUGAAAAUUUCUUUUACAAUAUGGUCUACAGCAAAAACUUGAAUCCUGAUGACAGAUUGAUUCUCGUUCAAAAUAUAAAGGAAGAUGUAACUAAGGAGCAAAUCCAAGAGUUCUUAUCACGAUUUGGAAAAGUUAUUCGUUUAACAAUCAGAAAAACCAAGAAUCCCAGAUUCUAAGUUUAAUAAUGCUUUGUUCAUUAUUAAACCAUGGAAGAUUCAAAAAGAGCAAGAUCAGAAAUCUAUGAUGACAAAAAUGAAGAGAUUAUCAAAAUUAAGAAAGCAUUUUUCAAGGAUGGCCACGUGAUGAUGAACAUUUUGUUGUCCAAAUCUAUGAGAAAGGAAUUCAAGGAAAUCAAAAAACAAAGUCAAAGCAUCUUCCAAAAUCCAGGAGGAAGACAACUACUCUAACCACCUUUCGGUGGAAACCUCCCUAUGAUGCCUCCUCAAAUGCCCUUCCCCCCUGGAGGAUAAGGAAUGAGACAAAUGCCCCCAAGAGGAGGAGGAAGAGGCGGUCCUUUCCCCAUGGUUAGACCAUAAAAUCUUAGACCUCCCCCCAUGAACACUAAGCCUAUCUAACUACUCCCUAACAAAGUGAAUCCUCCUUAGUCAUUCAUCCAUGAGUUUUCUGAUUACGCUUUAGUCUAAAGUAGAAUGGAAGAUUUCUUGAAAAUCCCUGUAAUUGAUUAAAGAAAUGUUCUUGGUAAUCUACUUUUCCAAAAAGUCUUCGAUGUUGUAAAGGAUAAAGAGGCAACCAAAAAAGUUGUAGGUAUGUUAAUUGAUCCAUCAUAAUUUGAAAUUGGUGACAUCUUGAAUAUGUUUGAAGACAGCUAAGAACUUCAAACCUAUAUUGACGAAGGUCUUUCAUUGAUUAAAGAAGAUACUCAAAAAUGAGUUAUUAUUAUUGCAUUAUGUACAAAAAACAAAAAUAAAAUAAAUAAUUUAAAUAU